AUGAAGAAGCUUCGCGAAGCUUUGGAACGUCUCAAAGUUCGUGUGUCAGAAGGAGAAUUUGAAUAUGAAGAGCAAGUUGGAGUGCAUGGUGAACGUUUAAUGCCGAUGACUACCUCAAAGACAUACAUAAGUACCCAUAAGUUCAAAGUGUCUGAAGCGGACAAAGUGGCGAUCAGGCCGACAUAUGAGAAAUAUCGUUAUGAGACCCCCGGAGACGACGUGUAUGAUGACGAGUAUGAUGACGGCUAUGAACAGAAGGAGUUCACCGUAGAGCCACUAAACGCGCAGAUUUCAUCGGAUGAAAGUGAAGGGGAAGUCGACAGAUGA